AUGGCUUUUACGCAGCGCACUCCCGUUCAAGUGAAUGCGAUUGAGCUGCAAUACCAAGCGCAGCCCCCAAAACUAGGAGCUCCCUUCCGCCAGCCCCCAAAACUACGAUCUCCCUUCCGCCAGCCCCCAAAACUACGAUCUCCCUUCCGCCAGCCCCCAAAACUAGGAGCUCCCUUCCGCCAGCCCCCAAAACUACGAUCUCCCUUCCGCCAGCCCCCAAAACUACGAUCUCCCUUCCGCCAGCCCCCAAAACUAGGAGCUCCCUUCCGCCAGCCCCCAAAACUAGGAGCUCCCUUCCGCCAGCCCCCAAAACUAGGAGCUCCCUUCCGCCAGCCCCCAAAACUAGGAGCUCCCUUCCGCCAGCCCCCAAAACUAGGAGCUCCCUUCCGCCAGCCCCCAAAACUAGGAGCUCCCUUCCGCCAGCCCCCAAAACUAGGAGCUCCCUUCCGCCAGCCCCCAAAACUAGGAGCUCCCUUCCGCCAGCCCCCAAAACUAGGAGCUCCCUUCCGCCAGCCCCCAAAACUAGGAGCUCCCUUCCGCCAGCCCCCAAAACUAGGAGCUCCCUUCCGCCAGCCCCCAAAACUAGGAGCUCCCUUCCGCCAGCCCCCAAAACUAGGAGCUCCCUUCCGCCAGCCCCCAAAACUAGGAGCUCCUUUCCGCCAGCCCCCAAAACUAGGAGCUCCCUUCCGCCAGCCCCCAAAACUAGGAGCUCCCUUCCGCCAGCCCCCAAAACUACGAUCUCCCUUCCGCCAGCCCCCAAAACUAGGAGCUCCCUUCCGCCAGCCCCCAAAACUAGGAGCUCCCUUCCGCCAGCCCCCAAAACUAGGAGCUCCCUUCCGCCAGCCCCCAAAACUACGAGCUCCCUUCCGCCAGCCCCCAAAACUAGGAGCUCCCUUCCGCCAGCCCCCAAAACUAGGAGCUCCCUUCCGCCAGCCCCCAAAACUAGGAGCUCCCUUCCGCCAGCCCCCAAAACUAGGAGCUCCCUUCCGCCGGCCCCCAAAACUAGGAGCUCCCUUCCACCGGCCCCCAAAACUAGGAGCUCCCUUCCGCCGGCCCCCAAAACUAGGAGCUCCCUUCCGCCAGCCCUCAAAACUAGGAGCUCCCUUCCGCCGGCCCCCAAAACUAGGAGCUCCCUUCCGCCGGCCCCCAAAACUAGGAGCUCCCUUCCGCCGGCCCCCAAAACUAGGAGCUGCAUCCUAUCCGCAAAAAAACACGGAAUGGACAUGGAAACAACCAACGUAUUGCUGUUAG